ACCCUAACAAAAUUUAUUUCCACUUUUAAAGCCCUCAUUCCUCUCAGCCCCGUUCCAUUCCAUAAGACGGUUCCUUCUUCUCACGAAUCCUCAAGAUACGCAAUCUUCCUUGGGCUCUUGGAGGUACGUAGUAGAGGUUUACCCUAAAAAUUCCGCAAGAGUUGAGGAAAAACAAACCAACUUUUUUCAAUGGCAUCUAGAGUUUCCCUAAAAACUAAAGGCAAGGGAGGGAAGGGGUCUAAGAGCUCGGAUGAGAAAUCAGCUGCACAGUGCCUGAAAGAGUGGAGCACAUGGACUAUGAAAAAAGCCAAAGUGGUAACACACUAUGGCUUCAUUCCUCUGGUGAUCAUUAUCGGCAUGAACUCUGAACCAAAGCCCCAACUUUAUCAAUUGCUAAGCCCUGUCUGAUUAAAUUUGUUCUUUUGUAAUCUCCUGAUCUUGGUGUAACUAUGUAAUUGGUUGUUGCCUAUUUGUCGAAAGUACAUGGUAUCAUGUUAGAGGCUUGUCGCUUACAUGGUGUUGGUUGUUUUAUGCCUAUGAAUAAUCAUGAGCGGUACAUUUUAUGAAAUUUUGAAUCUUAUUU